CAAACAAAGAACCCGAAAAUUGCUUUCAUGUUUUUGACUCCAGGGAUGUUACCUUUUGAGCCGCUCUGGGAAAAGUUUUUCCAUGGACAUGAAGACAGAUUCUCCAUUUAUGUACACGCAUCGAAGGAUAAACCUUACCAUGCAAGUCGUUAUUUUGUUGGUCGAGACAUACCCAGUAAUAAGGUGGGUUGGGGAAAAAUUUCAAUGGUUGAUGCAGAGAAGAGAUUGUUGGCGAAUGCUCUCUUAGAGUCUGAUAACCAGCACUUUGUAUUACUGUCUGAUAGUUGCAUACCACUGCACAACUUUGAGUAUGUGUACAAUUUCCUGAUGUUCACUAAUAUGAGCUUCAUUGAUUGUUUUGUAGAUCCUGGUCCUCAUGGAAAUGGGAGGUAUUCUGAACAUAUGAAGCCAGAAGUUGAAAAGGAGGAUUUCCGAAAGGGUUCUCAGGUAUAUUUUUCUGAUAAACAUGAGUCUAGUUUUUAAUAAAAUUUUUCUGGACUUUUGCUCCCUUGUCAAGUGUUGAUCUUUGGCAUGGCCUCUCGGCUAUCUAUUUAGUAUUUGCUCUCUUGCCACACUAAGACUUCUGCUUAUUGAUACUUUACACCUUAUUGGGGAUGAACAGUGGCUCGUGCUCCGCUGUUUCCCACUACACUUCCAGCUUUGUAGAUGUUUCCCAUUAGUAAUUAAAUAAAAUCUGGAGCCACAUCUGUGUAUAAAGUAGAGGCGUGACCUUCUUUUGCUCCAAAAGAUGAGUUUGAAGUCUGCAAAUUUGUCAUAAAGAAAAUUAGGUAGGUAAAGUAAAGCGCCUUAGCCA